AUGGAGCCGCUUUACGCGCUACAGAAGCUAGGAGAGUUUGGCUCCGCCAUGACGGGGUCCCGUAUGGACGAGGAUAAGCAGCUGCUGUUUGUGGGGACGACUGCCUACCCGCUUGACCAGCUGACGCCUGCGCGUCGCACUGCAGGUGCGCGCAAAGGGGAACCCUACACGCUUCGUGAUAUUUAUGUCGCGCUCCUUUAUACGGACGCUUCGCUUCGUGAAUAUGUGGCAUACUGUCAACAAAACGGCGUCAGUCGGUUGAUGGAGGCAGAGCGCAAAGAGCUUGUGAAGUUUAUGCUGGGAGAGAUCAGCGUCGAGGAGUCCUCGCUCCUUGGUGCGAGUGUCGACUCGGCAGGGAGCACGUUGCGACACGCGGCCUCCGCGCUGCCGCCAACCACCGCGCCAGCUACAGGCGAAGACGCUGAUCAGCUACCCCGGGGAAGUGCCCCCGCUCGGGAAAGCCCAGUACCCAGAGAGUCUUCUGCGCCUCCGGCAAUCGAUGGAGAUAAGGUGAAACACGAACGAAGCGAUUUCAAUGGCGAGGCCCCGUUGGCCUCCGCUGCGGAUUCCACUUUCUUAGCGCAAUGCCGCGAAAUGGAGCGCAUCCAACGCACGUGCGAUGCGUUCUUCGAACUUGACAAGCGGAAACAGAUUAAUUUUUUGUCUUUCCCGGUGAUUGAAGCACUUCGCAAAUCUUUGAUCGCACCAGCACCAACAGAUGAGCAACCACGAGAGUCCGCUGCGACCGCACAGAGCCUCCAAGCCAACGGGUCGAGCGGCGUGGAUAUCGCACGUGGUGAUCGAUACCGCACUGAUCCGCUGCGAGCGUAUCGAGAAGCCGGUCUCACUGAAAUUGAGCGUUUGGAAAUCGAUCCCGCUGUCAGUUUGGCUUCCGUGGCAGCCAGUCUUGGCGAUGUUGGUACGAGUACCGCAGCUCGGUCCAAAGCGACCGUGGCGCCGCAGCAGGCAGCAUCGGCUGCGACGACGCUAACAUCUGCAAGCGAAGUGCACAUGCCCGGUAUCCCAGCGGGUCAAGGGCAAAACUAUGCUCGAAAAGACGCUAGAGCGGCAGGUUCGGAAAAGCCUCAGACCGGAACUGGGGGCCUCCGAGCGCCAGCAACACCCGGACGCGGUCCAGAUCGAGGAUCAGCGCCGAUCAUCAUUCUGCCUUCAGGUCAGCAACCAUUGGUUACGAUGUUGAACAUCAGGGAUUUCGUGGAAAAGGGCACAUUUAGAUCCCAGGAGGAAUUGCGGAAACAGGGGAUCGUUCAGAAGCCAGCCAGCCCUGUGGAGAUCUAUCACCGGGGUCAGUGUUAUCUGUUCACCGAUCAGCCUGGGCAGCUGCAGCCCAAUGAAUGGAAGCGCGUGGUCAUGGUUGUCUGUCAGGGAGCACUGUGGCAGUUCAAGGGAUGGCCCCUGCCGGGUGAUCCGGCGCAGUUGUUUGCCAGAGUCCAGGGCGUCUACUUUUACUACGAGGAUGAAGAGAUUCCGCCAACGGUGCGGCAGUGGGCCGUGAAAUGCAUCCCGAUUCGGCGCCACCGGCGUUAUACGGACGAGGGCGUCGUCCGCGAGUUUUGGUCUCUUGUCGAGUUCGCUUGUAGACGGGCCCAGUAUGUGUCGUGA